UGGCACCAUUGCUUCACUCUCUGGGCGACGUCAGUGAGAGAGGGUGGUCUUUUCUUCGUUCGUUUUCUUCAAGUAAAUGCAAAAAAUCACAAAAAAAUUGUAAUUUUGCCAAAAACCCCCCAAAAAAAAAGAAAAUAAGAAUACUAACUUGUAAGUCAAGUUAGAAAAAAAAAAUCCUCUAAAGGCGAACACUGUGCUCUUAUUCCAUCACAAUCUGUUUCUCGGCCAUUUAUCUUCAGAUCAAUUUAUAUCCUUUGCCAUCUUGAUAACUUGACAACUUUCUGAAAAAAUGAACAACACUGCUGGAGCUAAUUACCCCAUCGCCUCUCUAUAUGUUGGUGAUCUUCACAAUGAGGUCACUGAAGCCAUGCUCUUCGAAAAGUUUUCCACUGCUGGACCUGUGGUUUCCAUUCGUGUCUGCAGAGACAUGAUCACCCGUCGCUCACUUGGCUAUGCCUAUGUAAACUUCCAGCAACCAGCUGAUGCUGAAAGGGCAUUGGACAGUAUGAACUUUGAUGUCCUUCGAGGUAGACCAAUCAGAAUCAUGUGGUCCCAGCGUGAUCCAUCUCUCCGCAGAUCUGGUGUUGGCAACAUCUUCAUUAAGAACCUUGACAAGACCAUUGACAACAAAGCCAUGUACGAUACAUUCUCUGCAUUUGGCAACAUUUUGAGCUGCAAAGUAGCCCAGGAUGAGGCAGGUAACUCAAAGGGCUAUGGAUUCGUCCACUUCGAAACUGAAGAAGCUGCUGUGAAUGCCAUCACAAAGGUCAAUGGCAUGUUGCUCAAUGGAAAGAAGGUCUUCGUUGGCCGCUUUAUCCCUCGUAAAGAUCGCGAGCGUGAGUUGGGAGAGAAGGCUAAAUACUUCACUAACGUCUACAUCAAAAACUUUGGUGAUGAAUUUGACGAUGAGAAACUAUUUGAAUGCUUUUCCAAGUAUGGAAAAGUUACUUCACAUAAGGUCAUGUCAAGUGACGAUGGAAAAUCUCGCGGAUUUGGAUUUGUGUGCUAUGAAGACCCUGACGCAGCUGAAAGAGCUUGCGAUGAUAUGCACGCCAAGGAGUUGAACGGAAAAACUCUUUUCGUUGGACGGGCCCAAAAGCGCAAUGAGCGUCAAACAGAGCUCCGUCGCAAGUUUGAACAAAUGAAAAUCGAGCGCCUUAACCGUUAUCAAGGCGUCAACUUGUACGUCAAGAACUUGGAUGACACAAUCGAUGACGAACGCCUUCGCAAGGAAUUCGCUCCAUACGGAACCAUCACCUCGGCCAAGGUCAUGACUGAAGGUGGUCGCAACAAGGGAGGAUUCCAAACAUCUCUCGGUUUUGGUUUCGUUUGCUUCUCUUCCCCCGAAGAGGCAACGAAAGCCGUUACCGAGAUGAACGGCCGUAUCCUCGUUUCCAAGCCUUUAUACGUGGCACUGGCUCAGAGGAAGGAAGACCGCAAGGCUCAGCUUGCUUCACAGUACAUGCAGCGAAUGGCCGGCAUGCGCAUGCAGCAAAUGGGUCAGAUGUUCCAACCGGGCGGUCCGGGUUACUUUAUGCCUGCUCCGAUUCAGCCGCAACGUUUCUACACUCCAGCUCAGAUGGCACAAUUCCGUGCCACUCCACGCUGGUCGGCUCAGCCUCAGGUUCGCCCGGCAGCCCAGCUCAACCAACAAGGUGCCGGAUAUCCCGUGUCGGCACAGUACCGCGGCGGAGUGCCCCCGCGCGGUCAGCCACCCGUCGUCCGCUCGAUGCAAUCGGCUCGUCCCAUCACGGGCCAGCAGCCCAUGGUGCCCCAGGGAAUGCCUGGUCGUUCGCUCGGAAUGCCCUCUGGCGGACCUGUCAUGCCUCAACCACGCCCCGGAUUCAAGUUCACUCCGGCUAUGCGCAACCCGCCCAGCCAAGGCUCACUUCCUUCAAACGCCAUGGGUGGAUCGGCUGCCGGUGGAAUGCAGCAAGCCCUUGUCGUCCAAGGCCAGGAACCGUUGACGGCCUCUAUGCUGGCCUCGGCUGCUCCCCAGGAUCAGAAGCAAAUGUUGGGAGAACGUUUGUUCCCUCUCAUUCAACGCAUGUAUCCAGAUAUGGCUGGAAAGAUCACCGGCAUGUUGCUGGAGAUCGACAAUUCGGAGUUGUUGCACAUGUUGGAACACAACGAAUCACUCAAAGCCAAGGUGGAUGAAGCUGUCGCCGUACUCCAGGCUCACCAAGCUAAGCAAGUGGCUGCUGCUGUUGCAUCAGUUGUUCAACCAAAGGAGGAAUAAAAAAAAGAAAUAAAAGAAAAA